AUGGAUCCGCAGGCCGGGUCUGUAUCUUCUGCUAACAAUUCUGAGAAUGCAGCUGACAGCGCCUUCAGCCCGCUCAGCAUGCUCCCGCCAGAAUGUCUCCUGAAUGUCCUUGACAACCUAGACUCUGCUGACAAUCUGGCUGUCUCCAAGGUCUCCAGAGAUCUGCGCAGAUGGGCGAAGCCACUCGUCUUUAGAGACAUCUUGUGGACCUAUACAGCAACACCCCUCCGACGAGUACUUCUACUGCUGGAACAGAUCUUCCUGAAUGCGCAAAUUGCAGGGUAUGUCAAGCACCUCCAGCUCACUUACACCGGACCGGCCUGGGUUGCGCCUGUUCCAGAUAUUGACUUUCAACAGCAGGCCACGAGAUUUGCCUUUGUCACCGAAAAGGCAAUCGAGUUCGUGAGACGGAUCGGCCUUUUCGACACCGAAGGUUACGUGGAGCUGCUCCGACAGGGCCAUUACUACGCGUAUGCAACGGUUCUGAUCUCCCAACUGUUUAACCUGCGAAGUUUGGAGUUAGACUAUACCUACACUCUGAACGGUGGCUUCCCCGGUCUUUUCCUCGAACACGCCCUCCGCUCUUCCUUCGACGGCAUCUCCAAAUUCAACAGACUGGAGAUCCUCAAAUAUGGCGGCGACGUUCCCCAGGCUGAGAAACUCGACGACGAGGCGGAGGAAGCGGUGGCAGUACUUCCCUUACUCGGAAACAAGGACCAAUUUGCUCCCUGGUUCGCCCUGCCCAAGCUGAAGCACGUGGAGAUGUGGCUCAGAAGUGCCUCCGGUUUCGAUGCAUACAAGGAUCGUCUGGCGGCUGGGGAGUUGGAAAGCCUAGUCUUGGCCAGGUCAAGUGCGGAUGCUGCCGACAUCAAGGCGAUUCUCGGCGCCUGUCCGAAGCUCCGUAGGUUGCACCUGGGAAUCUGCUACAACUUCGAGCGGCAGCUACCACUUUUCGACAGCAAGGAACUGGCUGGCGCCUUGAAGCUGUUGAAGGGUCGCCUGGAGACACUCUCGAUAGGUCUCGACACUGACCCAAGCUUUGUUGGCGGAUUCAGCUGGGACCAGGAGAAUAGUUCGGGUGCUAGUACGCUGACGGAUCACUUCUUGAUGCUGUUCCCUGAGUUCACACAGCUUCAGGAGCUGGAAGUCCCAAUGCCGCUCUUACUGGGAUGGUUCUCGAACGAGAAUUGGGCGGAUUUUCGCCAGUACCUGCCCCCAAAAAUGCGACACGUGGUGCUUCGGAACGAUCUCUCCGGGUUCGACAACUACGCAUGGGAUCCGUACGGGAUGGUCUUUGCGGUCGACCAGCGUGUUGUCGAGACAAAGAAACGGAUUCCUAGCUUGGAACGGGUGACUCUUCGCGUCUGGGCCACGGACCCUCGAAGGCCAAAUGAAGAUUUCCUGGCAGAAGCUGCGGACAUGGCCCAGUCUGUCGGGGUCGAGUGUGACUCGGUCGUCGACGAGCUCGGCUCGGGGCUUUGGGUUGCCAGCGCUACCUAA